AUGGUGCGUCAGCUGCAUGAUGACAUGAUGGCGCGAGUCACGGACAACGGAGCUGUCUCAGAGGCAUUCGCAGUGACCAACGGAGUUAAACAGGGAUGCGUGCUGGCACCUACCCUCUUCAGUCUUAUGUUGCCUGCCAUGCUGAUGGACGACUACCGCGACGAACGCCCUGGAAUCCGCAUCGCCUACAGGACGGACGACCACCUCCUCCAUCAACGACGGAUGCACUUCCAAUCGUGCGUAUCCACAAUCAUUGCUCACGAACUUCUGUUCGCCGACGACUGCGCCCUAAACACCACCUCGGAAGAGGGGACGGACCUUCUGGAGCAAACGGGACUCCUCAGCAUCUACACCAUACUGAAAGUCUGCACAUCGCCCUUUUGA